ACUGCCUCGGAGUUUGUAAACUUUCGUGUCUUCGGAAGUGGUCUGUUAUCGGUUGCCGUGGGCCUGGAGGGAGUGGCAACGCCGAACGAUUCGUCUAGUGGCCAUCCUAUUCUUUCACUGCACUCUCCAGCUAUAGUCAAGGUAUUCAGGAUGGUUGGUUGGCCUGUCCUUCCCCCCACUUGCUUGCUAAAAGUACGAACAAUUUAGGCCACCCUAUUCUUUCACUGCACACUCCAGCUAUAGUCAAGGUAUUCAGGAUGGUUUGGUUGGCUCUGUCCUUCCCCCACUUGCUUGCUAAAAGUACGAACAAUUUAGGCCACCCUAUUCUUUCACUGCACUCUCCAGCUAUAGUCAAGGUAUUCAGGAUGGUUGGUUUGGUCUGUCCUUCCCCCCACUUGCUUGCUAAAAGUACAAACAAUUUAGGCCACCCUAUUCUUUCACUGCACUCUCCAGCUAUAGUCAAGGUAUUCAGGAUGGUUGGUUGGUCUGUCCUUCCCCCC